AUGGCUCCUCCACCCCAGCAUAAAGCCGUCCCCGGCCGGUUGCCCCCAGGAUUUGUCUCCCUGCGAGAUAUUCUCGAUGAUAAAACCGGAGGCAUCCAUGGCUUUGCCAAAACCAUUGGAGUCGUCAUCGACUCUCGAGCGCCCUACAAGAUGCCAAACGGUCCUGAUUGGAAAGCCUCUCUGCGUAUCACCGACAAAAGUUUGGAGGAGAGCGGCGAUUUGCCCGACAGCUCGGUCCAAUGCCAUUUCUUCCUGGAUGAGGGGGAUAUGCCAAGAGUCCAGUGUGGUGACAUCAUUAUCCUUGACACUUUUAGAAUGCAGCUGUAUAAAGGCGAAGGGGUCAUAUCUCUUCUGACGAACAAAAGCUCAACAUAUUCCAUCUUCGCCGCCGACAAGAUUCCCAAACCCCCGCAAGAUGCCUCAGUGGCCCAGGCACCGUCGGCACCGUCGCGCAAGAGGCAGAAUUCCAAGGCCGAGCUGGACUACGUGGCUUACCUGCGCCACAACAUAGAUCAGAGCCUCAUCCCCACCAAGGAAAAGUUCGCGACGCUGCAGGUGCAGUCCCUAAACGUCGGUAACAAGUACAAGGAGCUCAAAGACCUUGUGCCCGGCGGCUUUGCCGACCUCGUCGUUCGCCUCACGAGAGACCCCUGGAACCGCGGCGAACGGACCACCAUCUGGGUGACCGACUUCACCGAGAACCCAGGCUUUCACAACCACACGGCCCUCGGGGCGAGUGCAGCCACCCACGACGGGGACACUUACGGGUACACGACCGGGUUCCACAAGGCGGAGCAGGCCAGGAAGAAGGUUGACGAAAGAAACACCGGGCCCUUUGGCAGGCGGACCAUGCAGGUUUCCUGUUGGGAGCCCCACGCCACAGCCAUACGUGACGGGGAGAUCGGAAAGGGCACCUGGGUCUCGAUGAAGAACGUCCAAAUCAAGUAUGGCAACAACGGAGCCUACCUCGAAGGGUUCCUGAGGCAGGAUAGACAUGGUCCCAGUAACAAGAUUGGCAUUUUUGCCCUCGACGCCAAGGACCCCGAGACCAUGGACGACAAGCUUCGCAACGCCAUCAGACGCCACCGCGACUACGAGAUGUCCAAGAAGUCGCAGAUAAAAGAAAUCGAAGAGGCUGCUUGGGCCGGCCGCAAGCGGAAGCGCCAACUAGGUGCGUCAGCAGCAGCAGCAGCGCCCAAGGCAGAAAGCUCAGCCCUGAGACGCAAGAUGUCCAGGCAGGCGAAGCAGGAAGCGGCAGCGGCAGUAGAAUCGGCAAACGCCAAUGCAACACCGGCACCGGCACCAUCCUUGCGCAAGCCGCCAAUCAAGCUCAACCCGUUAAUAAAAUGCGAGAACCAAUCCUUCCCAGCAAGCAGCGUGUCCGAUCUCCUCAAGCAUGCCGUGGUAGAAGCCGAAGUCGGCGACCACACCAUCCCCCUAACCCUCCCCUUCUACAACGCCAACCACCGCGUAGACGUGCGGGUGACCGACUUCCGGCCUCACGAUCUCCGCAACUUCACCUACCGUAGCAAGGUAUCCAACUUUGCCGCCCUCUCCGACGCCGGCGACUCGGAGCUCGACUCGGACGACCAGGACAAUGAUCCCGACGGCGACAUGUUUACCGAGGGAGGCUGGGAGUGGCGUUUCGCACUGGAACUCGAGGAUGCCGCCGCCACCGCAACCACCCCCGGCGCUGCCAAGAACAAUCGUUUCUGGGCCAUUGUAGACAACCAGGCAGCGCAGUGCCUGACGAACCAAGACGCCACCGACCUGACAGAGGACGGCCAGGCGCUCGAGACGCUCCGCCAGACAAUGUUCCAUCUCUGGGGCGAUCUGGAGGAGAAGAAGACUGCUCAGCAGCGGCUUCAGGGGGCGCGCAACAGGGACACGCGGAACGACCCGCCUCCAGACAGCGAUGACGAACAGCAGGAGAAGCAGAAGCAGCCGAAGGAGAGUGAGAAGUCGUCCAAUCUCCCCUUCUCAUGCUGUGUGAGGCAGUAUGGGAUCAAGGUACGAGAGGGUGAUUCUGCCAAGGCCGAUGCGGGUGAUGGACAUCGGUGGAUGAGGGUGUUUGGUCUGUACGGGACCCGGGUAGCCAUAUAG